AUGACAAGGGUUGAUGAUACAGUUACAGAGAUAAUGCAAGCUGCCAAAGAUGAAGCUGCUCCUGCGGCAGAGUUGGGUGACUCAAAGACUGAGGAGGAGGAGGAGGCUGAAGUUGCCACUGAAGCUGCCAGUGAAACAGAUGUGCAAGAGGCAGAGGAGGAUGAUGCGAAACAUGUCAACCUUGAAGAAAUUGAAAAUGAACCACUACUGGAAGAUGAGGGAGUCCUUGAUGAAGACAGCAAAGAGGGGGAGAAAAUAGAAGAGGUAGAAGAGGUAGAGACGGAGGAAGAGGAGGAAGAAGAUGAGGAGGAGAUUAAAAUAGAGGAGGAAGCGCAGGAGAAGAAAGAGGAAGAGGAAGGUGUUGGUGUUGAAGAUGAAUGCGAACAAGGAGAACCGGACAUUAAGAAAGAGGUGGUUGAUGAAGAGGAGGAGGAAGAGAAGGCCAAAACUGAAGAUUUGGUAGAAGAUGAGGAGCAGGAGGAGGAGGCCAAAACUAUAGACUUGGUAGAAGAUGAGGAGGAGGAGGAGGAGGAGGCGGAGGAGGAGGCCAAGGCCAAGACUGAAGAUUUGGAAGACGAUGAGGAGGAGGAAGAGGAGCCCGAGGCCAAACCUGAAGAUCUGGAAGACGAUGAGGAGCAGGAGGAGGAGGAGGCCAAAACUAUAGACUUAGUAGAAGAUGAGGAGGAGGAGGAGGAGGAGGUGGAGGAGGAGGCCAAGGCCAAGACUGAAGAUUUGGAAGAUGAUGAGGAGGAGGAGGAGGAGCCCGAGGCCAAAACUGAAGAUUUGGAUGACGAUGAGGAGCAGGAGGAGGAGGCGGCCAAAACUGAAGAUUUUGUAGACGAUGACGAAGAGGAAGAAAAGGUGGAGGGGGUGAUAACUGAAGAGGUUUUGGCAGAAAAAGAGGAGGACAUAAAAACUGAGGAGGUUUUGGCAGAAGAGGAGGAGGACAUAAAAACUGAAGAGGUUUUGGCGGAAGAGGAGAUAGAAGAUAAAGAUCUUCAUGUGGAUGAAGUAAGAGAGGAAGAAAACAUUGAAAUAACUGACACUGAUGUCAAAGAUUGGUUUGAAAAGACUGAUCAGGAUGAUCUACAAAUAGAGGACGAUGAAGCUUUAGAGGAAGAAAGACACAACAAAACAGAAACUGAGAUUGAGGUGGAUGACAGAGAUAAAGACAAGGAGCCUUUAGUCCAACAACUUGAUCUUAAAAUUCUGUCGGCUGAAAAGCCCAAUAAUGUCAGUGUUGUGCCUGAGUCUGAUGAUGCUGAAGAAGAAGAAAUGACCAAUGACCAAGACGAAUACUCUGACAUCGUCAAUGAUCAUGAUGAAAACAACAACAACAGUGAGAACAGGAAAACUGAACCUAUACGAAAGAGGAAAGUUCACAUUCCCUUUGAGAGGCUCAGAAGAGUCGGAUCCAGAGCUGCUCACAAAGAGGAAGUGCACCAGCACAAACUUGACAAAGAACUCAAAGCCAAAGAAACUGAGAAGGACAAGAAAAAAGAGAAAGAAGCCAAAUUUGAGGAAACCAUAGAGAUAAAACUAAAAGAAGAAAAGCCAAAGGCAGAGACCAAACCUGAGGCAAAACCCCUUGAGAAGGAGCCAGAGAGGCCCAAAGGAGAAGAGGCAAGGAAAAAGCCUCCCAAAGAGGCGAAAGAAGUCAAGAAACCUUCCAAAGAGGAGAAAGAAGUCAAGAAAUCACCUAAAGAACACAAAGAGGUCACAAAACCACCCAAAGAAGAGAGGGAAGUUAAGAGACCUCCAAAAGAAAAGAAAGAAGUCAAGAAACCUUUCAAAGAAGAGAGGGAAGUCAAGAAACCUUCCAAAGCAGCGGAAGAAGUCAAGAAACCACCUAAAGAAGACAUAGAAGUCAAGAAACCAUCUAAAGAAGAGACAGAAGUCAAGAAACCACCUAAAGAAGUAAAAGAAGUAAAGAAACCACCUAAAGAGGAGAAAGAAGUUAGGAAACAGGUUAAAGAAGAGAAAGAAGUCAAGAAACCACAUAAAGAAGAGAAAGCGCCCACAAAACCUCCCAAAGAGGAGAAAGAAGUCAAGAAACCUCCCAAAGAAAAGACAGAAGUCAAGAAACCUUCAAAAGAGGAGGAAGAUGUCAAGAAACCACAUAAAGAAGAGAAAGAGCCCACAAAACCUCCAAAAGAAAAGAAAGAAGUCAUGAAAGUGGAGGAAGAUGUCAAGAAACCACCUAAAGGACUGAAAGAAGUGAAGAAACCUUCCAAAGAAAAGAAAGAAUUCAAGAAACCAUCUAAAGAGGAGAAAGAGGUCAAGAAACCUCAUAAAGAAGAGAAGGAAGUUAAGAAACAACCCAAAGAAGAGAAAGAAGUAAAGAAACCAUCUAGAGAGGAGAAAGAAGUCAAGAAACCAUCUAAAGAGGAGACAGAAGCCAAGAAACCACCUAAAGAAGACAAAGAAGUUAAGAAACCACCCAAAGAGGAGAAAGAGGUCAAGAAACCAAUUGAGGAGGAUAAAGAAGUCAAGAAACCACAUAAAGAAGAGAAAGAAGUCAAGAAACCACCCAAAGAAGAGAAAGAAAUCAAGAAACCAAUUGAGGAGGAUAAAGAAGUCAAGAAACCAUCUAAAGAGGAGACAGAGGCCAAGAAACCACCUAAAGAAGACAAAGAAGUUAAGAAACCACCCAAAGAGAAGAAAGAGGUCAAGAAACCAAUUGAGGAGGAUAAAGAAGUCAAGAAACCACAUAAAGAAGAGAAAGAAGUCAAGAAACCAUCUAAAGAGGAGACAGAGGCCAGGAAACCACCUAAAGAAGACAAAGAAGUUAAGAAACCACCCAAAGAGGAGAAAGAAGUCAAGAAACCACCUAAAGAAGAGAAAGAAGUCAAGAAACCACAUAAAGAAGAGAAAGAAAUCAAGAAACCAUCUAAAGAGGAGAAAGAGGUCAAGAAACCACCCAAAGAAGAGAAAGAAAUCAAGAAACCAAUUAAAGUGGAUAAAGAGGUCAAGAAACCACCCAAAGAAGAGAAAGAAAUCAAGAAACCAUCUAAAGAGGAGAAAGAAGUCAAGAAACCACCUAAAGAAGAGAGGAAAGUCGAGAAACCACCUAAAGAAGAGAAAGAAGUCAAGAAACCACUUAAAGAAGAGAAGGAAGUCAAGAAACCACCUAAAGAAGUGACAGAAGUCAAGAAACCAUCUAAAGAGGAGAAAGAGGUCAAGAAACCAUCUAAAGAAGAAAAAGAAGUCAAGAUACCACCCAAAGAAGUGACAGAAGUCAAGAAACCAUCUAAAGAGGAGAAAGAAGUAAAGAAACCAUCUAAAGAUGAUAAAGAAGUCAAGAAACCAUCUAAAGAGGAAAAAGAGGUGACAAAGCCUCCCAAAGAAGAAAAAGAAGUCAAGAAACCUCCCAAAGAGGAGAAAGAAUUCAAGAAACCACUUAAAGAAGAGAAAGAGGUGACAAAGCCUCACAAAGAAGAAAAAGAAGUCAAGAAACCCCACAAGGAGGAGAAAGAAGUCAAGAAACCACUUCAAGAAGAGAAAGAGGUGACAAAGCCUCACAAAGAAGAAAAAGAAGUCAAGAAACCCCACAAGGAGGAGAAAGAGGUCAAGAAACCACUUAAAGAAGAGAGAGAGGUGACAAAGCCUCACAAAGAUGAAAAAGAAGUCAAGAAACCCCACAAGGAGGAGAAAGAAGUCAAGAAACCACUUAAAGAAGAGAAAGAGGUGACAAAGCCUCACAAAGAAGAAAAAGAGGUGACAAAGCCUCCCAAAGAAGAAAAAGAAGUCAAGAAACCUCCCAAAGAGGAGAAAGAAUUCAAGAAACCACUUAAAGAAGAGAAAGAGGUGACAAAGCCUCACAAAGAAGAAAAAGAAGUCAAGAAACCCCACAAGGAGGAGAAAGAGGUCAAGAAACCACUUAAAGAAGAGAGAGAGGUGACAAAGCCUCACAAAGAUGAAAAAGAAGUCAAGAAACCCCACAAGGAGGAGAAAGAAGUCAAGAAACCACUUCAAGAAGAGAAAGAGGUGACAAAGCCUCACAAAGAAGAAAAACAAGUCAAGAAACCUUCCAAAGAAGAGAAGGAAGAAGUCAAGAAACCACUCAAAGAAGAUGAAGAAAAGACACAUCCAAAAGUAGAGGAAAAAACACCCAAAGAAAUGGUACACUCAAAACCAUCUCAGAAAGAGAGAGAUCCAAAACACCCUCAAGAGGAGAUAGUAGAGAAAGAGGCUAAACCUAAAGAACUGGAGUCAAUAAAGAUGCCUUCUAAGGAAAAGACAGAAGUGAAGAAACCCUCUAAGGAGGAAAAGGAAGAGGUGAAGCCAUUUAAGGAGGAGAAAGAAAUUAAGAAACCCAAAAAGGAGAAAGACGGAAAAGAGGUUAGGAAGCCCUCUAAAGAGAAGAAAGAAGUAAAGCCUUCCAAGGAAGAUAAAAAAGAGGCAAUAACUUCAGCGGAAGCUAUAGAAGUGGAGAAACCUUCUAAAGUAGAGACAGAUGUUAAGAAACUCUCUAAAGAAAAGACAGAAAUGAAGAAGUCUCCUCAUGAAGAGAAAAAGCCUCCCAAAGAAGGCAAAGAAGUAUCAAAGCCUGCAAAAGAAGAACCAGAAAAGAUCUCCAAAGAGAAGAAAAAACCAGCUAAACCUUCUGAAGAGGUGAAAGAGGAGGAGAAGCAAGAGAGGCGUCCCAAAGAAAAGGCAGUACCAAAGAAGCCCUCUAAAGAAAAACAAGAACCAGAGAAACCUUCUAAAGAGGAAAAAGAACCCACAAAACUGUCUAUAAAGGUAGAAAAAGAACCAAAGAAACCUACCAAAGAGGAGGCAGAGCAAAAGAAGCCCCUGAAGAAACAGGAACAGGAGAAGCCUCCCAAAGAAAAGAAAGAAGUCAAGAAGAUUUCUAAAGAAGAAAAGGAACCAAAGAAGAUCUCUAAGGAAGAAACAGAACCAAAAAAGCCUUCUAAAGAAGAGAAAGAAAUCAAGAAGAGUCCUAAAGAAGACAAAGAACUUAUCAAGAAGAGAGACACACAGACAGAUGUUAGACCAAAAAGUGCUGCAAGGAGAAUUAGAGUUGUCAAGAAAGAAGUUGCAUCUGUCCUGAAGAAGGAACAUCUUAAUGCAACAAAAGCAGUUGAAGAACCCAAGAAGACUGUAAAGAUGCUGAAAGCUUCUAAAAAGCAGAUUGUUCCUAUACUGAAAAAGGAACAUGUGAAUGUUACAAAAACAGAGGCUCCAGAAGUUCCCAAGGUGAAAGCCAAACCAGAACCUGCAAAGAAAGUGGCAGCUCCCAAGGAGCCCAAGAAGGAACCAAAGCAAAAAAUCAAACCUGCUAAACCAGAUAUUGAUGCAGUGAAGGAAAAGGAAAAACCAACCCCUUCCAAGAAAGAGGUUGCUGCUCCAAAAGAAAAGGCCAAACCAGUCACCUUGAAAAAAGAACAACAAGGGACUCCCAGAAAUGCCUCUUUGGUAAAAGAGAGAGUCAAAAUAGUGCCUAUGAAGAAAGUAGUCAAGGUGUCCAAAGAGAAAGUCAAAGAAGUCUCUGCAAAGACAGCUGAAGUUUCAAAACAGAAGCACAAGCCAGUUCUAACAAAGAGAGAACCUGCUCCUCUCAAGACAAAACCAGCCCCAGUAGUCAAAGAGACAGAAGCACCUCACAAAAAUGCAUCUCUUACAAAGGAGAAGGUGAAGGUGGUGCCACUGAAGAAAGUGCCUGUAACUCCAAAAGAGAAAGUCAAACCAGCACCAACACAAAAAGAAGCUGAAGUUCUCAAGGAGAAGAAGGCCGAGCCAGUGGCGCCCAAAAAAGCACCAGUUACCAAGGAAAAACCAACACCUGCUGAAAAGAAGAAAGAACCUGAGGCCAAGCCAGUUCUUGCCAAAAAAGAAACAGAAGUUACAAAGGAGAAGCCUAAAGCAGUUCAUGAAAAGAAAGCUCCUUCUAAAGCAGAGGCUGAUGCAAGAAAAGAAAAAGUCAAAACUCUGCUAAAGACAAAAGAGCCCAAAGCACCAGAGGAGAAAGUCAAACCAGCAGUUAAAAAAGAACUGGAGACUCCUAAAGCAAAGGACAAACCUCCUGUAGAAAAGAAAGAAAAACCAGUUGAGAAGAAGACAGCCAAAGAGGAGAAAGCUGAAGAGGACAGAGUUCUUAAAGAGAUACAGCCGCCUGCAAAGAAAGAAAAAUCUGUAGAGAAGAAAGCUGCCAAAGAGGAGAAGAUUAAAGCAGAGCCUGCUGUAUCAGACUUUCUUAUGGACGACGAGCUGCCCUACUUCCAGUGCUUCUUUGUGGAUGAGGACGAGGCCCAGUUUCCGUUCUACGCCUUCUCGCCGCUGCAGAUUUGAAGCUUCAGUCUGACGCCAGUCUGAGGUUUACAGUUUACAGUGUAGUCAAUUUCCUGAUAAUGACAAGGUCACAUCACACCCUGUGCUGCUGAAACGCGGCUGCUGUUCACUGUUGGUCUGCAGGAGAAAAAAGCCUGGACAGCAGAGGAUGAUGGGUGAUGGACCAUUAUUUUAUUUCCAGAUUUGGUUGAGCUCUCGUACCAAAUACAUGCAGCUAAUGUCAUUCCUUUUUUUUUCUGAUUUCUGUUUUUAUUUUUUUAUUUUUUUGCAUUCAAUUCUUUUGAAAGGUGGAUUUCAUUUAUAUUUUACAUGGAACAAUCUAGUGUAGGAUCAUUCAUUUAGAUCCUCGAAGCAACACAUGCAAAUACGUUUAAUAUAAUUUACUACUCACUUCAUUUUCUCAUGAUGUAAAAAAAGAAUGACAUCUGCACUACUGUACAAUGGUGCAGUUUUUUAAGUAGUAACGUAGUAUUGAAUAUGUUCAACCGUGCUGUAAACAGGGUACAAAAAAUGGCCACAAUCACUAAUCCAAGGCUUACAGGGGUUCAGUUCCUCUAAGCCCACGUUUACUUGAAAAGUGGUUUGUACAUGAAUUUUUAUGCUUGUUCAUGUGUGUAGUUUAUUUUCUUCAUCGCAUGGAAAAUGGCAAAAUCUUUAAUACCCUGCUUCUAUAGCCCUUUAAUCAACAGUUGGACUUCUUUUUAGUGUUUGUGCAUAAUUUCAUAAUCUUGAUAUUAUUUUAUUUAUUUCAAUGAAUUUUUUUUUCCUCUCACAUCUUCCUCUUUUCCUUCCCUACUGGGCACACAAAGGGAAUCAAAGCAUUACUAAAAGGAAAUUGAUCUUCUUUGCAUUUUUAAAGACACAGCACCAAUGUUUGUUUUUUUUCUUUUGUUUCUUAGUUGUUAAUUGUCAAAAGGAAUGACUAUGCACUGUAUAAGAGAGCUCCCAAUCUUACUCAUGAAACACUACCUGACAUGUUGACAUUUAAAGUCUUAUUAAACUUUGUCAUCUAGACAUUUGCACCAGCUCCUCAUUUUGAUAUUGGUGCUAAUAAGAAGCGUUGCAUUGCCUGAACUCUCAGAAUGAGGUUUGAGGUCUUUUUUACAUUGUAAUUGUUUCUGGCGUCAAGUAUCAGAUUCAUUCUGUAAUUACUCUGAUAGACCAAAAACACACUGUGACUGACUUUGGUCGUUGUCCGUGUGCACAACAUAGAAACUUGACAUAUUUUGGAAACCAUUUGCGAAGGUUCAAGAACGUGGCAGAAGAGUCAAAGACACUAUUUCCAGGUUAAAAGUCUUUGAAAAUAAUAUUGUGUAUUUCAUGCUGCUGGUCUACAUAAUAUUAAUGCGUAUCUUUUUUUGACUUUUUAAAUGCAGCAUAAUAUAAACAGGAUUUAUAUUAUAUGGAUAUCCUGUACUUAAGAUGUACAGGCAGGCCUACCUGAUGUCAGAUUGAUUUCGAAAACUGAUAUUGGUCAUAAACUCAAAGCCAAUUCAUGUAUUUGAAAUCUCUGAAAAAUGAUAUAUAGACAGUACCAAUGUUGGCAUCAAUGUGGUUAUGUUUAAUGUUGAAACAAUGACAUCUUUGAUUAUAGCUGUUGAUCAUGUGAUCACACUCUUAAGUUGUUGCAGAGGGUGUUGCAUGUUCGGGCAGAUGAUCUCAGAUGUUAAUUGUCACAUUAAUUCUCAGUCAGCUUGUAGCAGCUGUUGUUUACAUAUGGCUCUUUACAUUUUGCUCCAUAUGCUGCAUAGAAGACAGUUAUAACAGCUUGCAGUACUAAUCUGAGUCCACAUGAAUGUAAAUCCACUUAUAUUUCUUAUUAAAAUUAUAUGAACACACUUUGGUGCAUAAGACCCUCUGCAGCUCACACCGAGCUCAGGCUCCAGUAACUGUAGUGUAACAGCUGGAGUUUUGUGGCGAUGUUCCACCACGACUGUUGAAGUUGUGGGUAAAGACACUGUCCUGUCUUUGAAUAUUUCUAGAAGUUAUUGGAUUUUAGGAAAGAAGAUGUGUAACUAAAAACAUUUUGAUUGAUGGCAGCAACAGAUUAUUUGUCUCAGUCGUGUUAACUGAAUUAUAUCAGAAGACUCACUUUUACCAAGUGAAUAUGUGCAAUACAUAAAUAUUUGAUGAUCUCAGUGAUGAAGCACUGUAUGUUUGUCUGACAGUCCUAGAAUGAAAUGUGCAUGAUGUGUGUUUUUAUUUUAUGCUCUCAAAUGUUUAUAUUAUAAUUUUCCCCAACCUUGAGAAUAGCAACACUAAAUACUUGAACUCAUGAAUCCAAUAAAUGAUAUUUUGUCUCUGUGUAGUGUUGCUAACAUCAUAUAAUUACAGUUACAUAACUGUAAUUAAAGUAACCUCAUUGUAAAUAGUUAAAUUAAAGGAAAAAUAGACUAGAGAUUUGCUGAAAAUGAUGUUUUCAAUCAUUACUACUGAAAGUGCUCUUUACCUUCAAAUCACAUUAUGUUUCAUUUGUCGGUGACACCUUCAUUUUGUCUGUGAAUAGUAGCAAUUUAACAUUAAAACA